CACUGAAUACAAGUUUCGACAUUUUAAAACUUUAAACAGUGAACAGUUGUGAUAUGGAGUUUUCACGACUUACGUUUCUUCUCCUCUCGGAACUUUUAACAACAAUUAGUACUGAUACUGUGCAGCAGAUUUAUAUCAAAGACAGCAAGGUACCUCUGAAAGGAGGUGAUAUACAGAUUGUAUGUGAGGUAUCACAGUUUACCAAUGACGUUGUUAGGGUCUAUAAGACAGAUUCCUUGCCUCAAGACAUUAGCACAGCUCCUACAUUAACACUAUGUAUUCCAUCACAGUGUAUAGGAGCUAUACCAAGACAUACAUUUAGUCCUAGCAGCAGUGGUAUUACUAUUACAGUCACCAAUCUCAAUAGAUCAGAAGACCAGAAAUAUUGGACAUGUGCAAUCAACAACCAGAGAAAAUACAUGCAGCCUACUGUAUACACAAUUACUCCUUCACUACAGUAUGAUAAUCCACCAAGCCAGAAUCAAGACUUAGUUCAAACAUCAGUGACAUUUAGCUGUAGUACAGGAUGUGCAUAUCCUGCACCAAACUUUAUAUGGUAUUAUAAUAAGACUGAUGGAUCACGUCAGGAAUGGUCAACAACAGCACCUGUAACCGAGAAAACUGGUGUUUGUUCUGACUCUGAGAAAAUAUAUACAUCUACAUUAACAUUGUCAAGAAACACAGCGUUUACUGACAAUACAGAUACCACUGUGAUGUUUCAGUGUGGUGCUAUAUCAAUAACUGGUGCAGGAGAUCAACUUUUUACUCCAGCAUCUGUAGACGUCAGAUUUGCAG